AUGUCGAACCUCGCCGAUCCGGUUGCGUUCGCCAAGGACUUCCUCGCCGGUGGCAUCUCUGCUGCCGUCUCCAAGACCGCGGUGGCACCCAUCGAGCGUGUAAAACUGCUCCUGCAGGUACAGCACGUGAGCAAGCAGAUCGCGGAGGACCAGCGCUACAAAGGUAUCAUCGACGCCUUCGUCCGCAUUCCGAAGGAGCAGGGUCUGCUCUCAUUCUGGCGUGGUAACUUCGCCAACGUCAUCAGGUACUUCCCCACACAAGCCCUCAACUUCGCCUUCAAGGACAAGUACAAGCAGGUGUUCCUCGGAGGCGUCGACAAGAAAACCCAAUUCUGGCGCUACUUCGCCGGUAACUUGGCCUCCGGUGGUGCCGCCGGUGCCACAUCGCUGUGCUUCGUGUACCCAUUGGACUUCGCCCGUACACGUCUGGCCGCUGACGUCGGCAAAGGUGACGGACAGCGCGAGUUCACCGGUCUCGGCAACUGCAUCACGAAAAUCUUCAAGUCCGACGGUCUGACCGGUCUCUACAGGGGUUUCGGUGUGUCCGUGCAGGGCAUCAUUAUCUACCGUGCCGCCUACUUCGGUUUCUAUGACACCGCCCGCGGUAUGCUGCCCGAUCCCAAGAACACACCAAUCGUGAUCAGCUGGGCUAUCGCGCAAACCGUCACCACGGUAGCUGGUAUCAUCUCGUAUCCCUUCGACACAGUCCGUAGGCGCAUGAUGAUGCAGUCUGGACGUGCCAAGGGCGAUAUCUUAUACAAGAACACCAUUCACUGCUGGGCAACCAUUGCCAAGACUGAAGGUGGUUCAGCCUUCUUCAAGGGCGCUUUCUCCAACGUCCUCAGAGGAACCGGUGGCGCCUUUGUGCUUGUUUUAUAUGACGAGAUCAAGAAGCUCCUC